AUGGGGAAUCUGACCUUGGACAUUCCUGAGGUCCAGGUCCUUGUGAAUUUUCCUGGAGACGCUAAUGGUCUGAAUUGGCAUCACCGCAUUCUUCUGCACAGGGUUGCUGGAGCAGAGUGGAUCGCCCUCACACCUGACUAUGACUUGGAGCGCCAUAGUCUGGGAGCCAUCCGGCACAGAGUCUUGGAUCGGAGGGCCCCCUUCCCAGACGACAUAGCAGCUGAAGUGUACGCUCACGAUCCUGUGGGGCGAGCACAACUCAGUGUCUACAAGAGGCGGGCCCAGCUGAUGGCCUCCGUGCUUGGUGAUGGUGCCGUGGAGGAGCUCGACACCGUCCUGUGGGUGAUCGCGGACCCGACCCAUCGGAACUUUGGUACCGAGAUCGACGCGGGCCUCUUGGAUAACGAGGCUACCGGCGUGGCCUUUGCAUCCAAGGGGGUUGCGAUUGUCGACGGCGAGGAAGUCUUUGUGGAGAGAGUCCACAGCAGCGGGCUUGCGGCUUGGAAGGCGGCUCGUGGCGAUGUUCGGCUACUUGGAGACCACAAGGAUGGCGCAGGAAAGCGCAAGCUGGACCUCGCCAAGGCAGUGGCUUUGAUGCGAUCGCCCAAGGAUGACGAGUUUCCCAUUGCGGGAGUUCGUGCCGCAAAGGAGCUUCAUGAAAGUAUCAGCGAGGGCCCUGGGAACUUUCUCAGUUACCAUGCCGAGUGGCUUCGGCUGUCUGGGGUUUCAUCGAGGAAUGCCGCUUCACAUGUCCAUCGUAACCUGUGUGAUGUCCUUCGGCUCAUGCACUCUUAUGAUCAGCUUGACUGCAGUGCCUUGGCGUGUGGUGAGACAUUGUGCCGUUGGAUGAUCCAGACCGAGCUGGCGGUGGAGAGAUCGCCGGCACAGCCGGACUACACGGGGCUGGACAUCGUGGCGGGAACUGCCACGCUUCCGGAUGGUCGGGCUACCACCACGAGAUUCAGUGAGUGGGUGUCCGGCAGAAUGAAAGAUCGCGCUGCCAUCUGGAAGCAGGAGAGGCUUUUCAAAGCGGAGCGGAAAGGCCGUGGCCGAGGCUAUGACCGGGAGAACGAGGACACCUCGGACGAGGAGUCGCCCAACGGCAAGGGACGCAAAAAGAAGAAGAAAAAGAACGAGGAGAAGGCGGACAAGGACAGCCCUGGCUCCUCGGGAGCCGGGGCAAAGGAUCGGAAGCAUGGGGAGCCAUUCCCACUGCCUCGGCUGUCAAAGUGGAGAUCGGUGGGAUCGGACCCGGUGCAAGCGCUGAAGCGGCGAGUGGAUGGUGCCUUCAAGGUCUUGAACGAUCUCGCCUCGGCACCUUUUGAUACAGCACCUUGCAGCCUUCCUCUCACACAGUCCCAAACGUGGAUGAUGAAUGAUGUGAUGAGGAGGGUGGCUGCUUUUGGAGAGCCGCCGCCUGGCAUUGACGAGGAGACGGCAAUCCGCGACUUGGCCGCGAAGGCCAACCUCUACAUGGAGGAGGCUGCGCACCUUGCCGACUGUGACAUGGAUAAGAUCAAGGUACUUCAUCGACGGCGCCCUGUACUACCAGCACAUGGACUUUUACCUCCGCAUGCACGUGUUUACCUGGACCAUUUCGCCGAACUCAUCGAAAAGAGCCCUGGCGAGCUGGAGAUGGAAGCGGAGACGAGUGAUCCCAUUGAGCCGUAUUGGGACCCUCGCCUCAGGAACGAUAAAGCACUGCGCCUCAAAUUCUACCAUGCUCUCCAGGAUGCUGGCCUGCUCACCUUUCGACGCAGACGAAAGGCCAGGGUUGGCUUCUUUGUGGUUCGGAAAAAGGACGGGAUGCAGCGGCUGAUUGUGGACGCUCGCCAGUCUAAUCAACGACACCGGCGGCCUCCUACGACUGCCUGGCUACGGCAGCUGGGAUGGUCGAUGUCGACUUCGGGGACCUUGUUGGCUCGGGCUGCGGACCAGUCAGUGAAGCCUGUCUCCCUUCAAUGGCUGCCGGUAGACAAUAUCUUCGACGACGCCACCCAGAAGUACAUCACUCCGGCGGAUGACGAGCCUCUGUUCUUCGCCUUCCGUGGGAUGUGCAUGGGAUGGAGUUGGGCCCUCUACCUGGCCAACGAGAUUGUUGUGCAUCAAACAGCUCUCGGAGGCAGCCUUGAAGAGGACCGUUUUAUCCGGGACAAGAAGCCCCCGCCACGAGUGGGUGCGAGCGAGCCUGGGGUGGGGGUCUAUGUCGACAACGUGAAUAUCAUUGGGCUCGGGCAACAACCGGUCAACGACGUCAUGGACGCUGUUGCGGACCGCUUCGCUGGCCUCGGGAUUCCCUUUGAGGUUACGGACAAGGCGGGGGACCCGGUCAUCGAGUCCCUCGGCUUGGAGUUCAACUUUGAGGGCGGCGGCAUGGUGGUUCGUGACACUCGGAAGCGGGCCUGGCGGCUAUGGUUGGCGACCAAGGCUCUGGCGCGUCGACAACGAGUUUCUGGUGAAGUCCUUCGUGUUUGGCUUGGCCAUGUGAAUUUCUACUUCCAGUUGAACCGGUCCUGCGUGUCGGUGAUCUCGGCUUGCUAUCGCUUCGCGGCGCUACACCUUGGGCGCAGAGGUCAUGUGUGGCCGAAUGUGCGCAAGGAACUUCGACAGGUCAUGGGACUUAUCUUCUUAGUGGAGGUCGAUAUGGCAGCCCCUCGGGUUAGCACGGUCCAUGUUGGCGACGCGUCAAUGUAUGGAUUCUUUUUGAUGAAGACGGAGGCUACCCGGGAAGAAAUUGAUCGUGAGCUCCGUGUUCGUGAACACUGGAGAUUUAUUCCAGGAAGGCUGGUGCAUAAGGUGCCAGCUGUGCAAGACGGCCCCAUCAGACAAGACUUCUACGGCAGGCAGCUUCGUGAAGACCUGGAUCUGGUCGCUGGGCGACCCUUGGAACGCAGGCGAAAGCAGCUCUUUGGCCCGGCGAAAAUCGCUGAGCCAACCCUCCUGGAGGCCAACCUCCAUCCUCCUGUGCAUGACUGUUGGCACGACUCCCGACGUUGGGGCCUGAUCCAGGCUGCUCCUUGGAGGGACCCAGCCGAGCACAUAAACCCCAAAGAAGCUCGAGUAUGUGUGAUGGGCCUCAGACGCUGGGCUCGUUCAUCAAGCAACUUGGGGAAGGUUGUCUUCACACUUAGUGACAGCUUGGUCUCAGUGCUGGCGUUGGAAAAGGGGAGAUCCACUUCGGCAUCCCUCAACCGACAAGGUGGUGCUGCCGGCGACGAGGGAUUCGAGAAGAGACGAGGCGGACCAGAGCCAGAUAGCGGGUUCAAGGGUCGUUUUGCUUGGGAACUCUUUAGUGGCACGGGAAACCUCACAAAAGCUAUAGAUCGAGCAGGGUUGCCUUGUCUUCAACCUCUUGAUGUAUGUCGAGCGCCUCAUCACGAUCUGACCCAUCCAGCUGUGCAGCGUAUCGUCCUUGAUGUGUUGCUUUCUGGUCUGGUCUGGUACGUUCAUAUGGGCACUCCUUGCGUGGUCUGGAGCAGAGCACGUCACAACAUUCAGAACCAUAAGAAGGCUCGGGCAAAAGAACGGGUCGGAAUACAACUGGCUGCCUUCAGUGCUCGAAUCGCUUGGCUGUGCUUGGACUUGGGGGUUGGGUUUUCCAUUGAGAAUCCAAGGAGUUCUUUGUUGUGGAGUUUUGCGCCUAUUCUGCAACUGCUUGGUGAUAGCAGGGUGUCCUUUGUGACCUACGACAGCUGUCAGUACGGAGCUUGUUGCAAAAAACCCACGGCACUCCUCACCAACCUGCAGUCCUUAAGUUCGCUCAGUCAACAUUGUGAUCGGAGUCACCGCCAUGAAGUCCUGAGACGCUCGUGGCGAGUUAAGCGAGAAGGUCGCUGGAUCACUGAGGCUCGUACGGCAUCCGCCGGCGCAUACACAGUGGCUCUGGCUUCAGCUUGGGCGAAAGCCUUGAAGAAGAGCGGCCCUCAGGUCUCACGCGACGACUGUGAGGAUCCCGUCCAGGCUGAGCAGGUUGAGCGCCUACUUCAGGGAGAACGAGAUCCUUUGGUCCCGCGUGGGCCGGCGGGCUGUGGAGUCGUCUGCGACGCAGACGUCGACUCCCUCCGUGCCGAAGGCAUUGUGUUUGGCCAGCACAACAAGAAGGAGGCCGCUGUGCUCACCGGUGGACCGUUCAAAGCACGAAAGCCUAAAGUCGACCUCAGUGGAAAGGAGUUGCCUGUGGGCCUCAGACUGCGUGCAGCCAAAGUCUCUCAGAAAACUCUGGACUCUUACCUCAUGCAGAGUGCCUCUUUUGAGAAGUGGGCAAGAGAGCGCAAGGCCAAGGUCAAUAAGAAUAACCUCGACAAGCACGUCGUCAAGUACCUCACUUGGCUUUUUGAGCACGAGGAUUCGGAACCUUGGACGGCAGCUUACUUGGUUUAUGGUCUGCAGCUUCUCCGGUGUGACAUACCAAAGCAUCUUUUCCUCCCAAACGCUAAAGAAGCGUUGGCUGGCUGGCGCAAGCAGCGACCAGGCUCCAUGAGACUGCCAGUCCCCGAGGAGUUUGUCUACGACGUAGUGUUGUUUCUGGCCCAGCAGCACCUUCAGCUUGCACUGUUGGUCCUUCUCCAGCUCGAUGGCUACCUCAGACCUAGACCCCUUGGUUCCGCCGGCAGGGGCGCGAUACCCCCGCUGGGGGAUUGUGGUGGCGCUGGAAAAGCUGGGGGAGCGAACAAAGGCUCCACAGACGACAGCAUCUUCGUAGGUGACCUCGCGGACCGACGGUGGAUGCGAGAGGUCAUGCAGUUCCUCUGGGACACGUCAGAGCAUGCUCUCUUUCCUGAUUGCAAUCUCAGCCUCUACGAGCGCUAA